GCUGGAGCGGAAGUCCACAUUGAAGUUCCGGUGUGUCGCCUUCCGGACCAGUCAAAAGAAUCGAGCAAAAUAAUAAUAAUAAUAAUAUCAAUAUUCUGUCAAGAGAAAGAGGAUUAAACUGUCUGCCAGGAGCAAGAGGAAAAUAACCUCAAUAUUCAAUGAACACAAAGAAGCGUGUUUCCGGAAAGAAAUAAAGAUCAAGAUGAGCAGAGCAGGCGCGCCUACAGUCUUCUCACGCUCGCUUCGUUGCUUCCCAGUCAGCCAAUGAGGACAAUAGCGGUCCUCGGCGGGGGCAUCGGGGGGCUGGCAGCAUCUUACUACCUGUGCAGGAGCCCCCAAGUGACCAAGGUGGUUCUACUGGAGUCCAGCAGUCGUCUGGGAGGAUGGUUGUGGUCCACAAGAAGGCCCGACGGUGCCGUGUUCGAACAUGGACCCAGAGGAAUCAGACCUGCCGGAGCCGUGGGUCGCAACACUCUUAAUAUGGUGGAAAACUUGGGUCUGGGCGGGGAGAUUGUGCCUGUCACCUACAGCCACGAUGCUUCCAAGAGCAGAUAUUUGUACGUCAACAAGCAGCUUCACAAGAUGCCUACAGGAAUAACAGGACUGCUGAGGACAGUGCCUCCCUUCUCACGUCCGCUCAUCUUCAGCAUUGCCAUGGAGAUGUUUGUGAAGAAGAGACAUCAGCAAGACGAGUCAGUCCAUGCCUUUGUGUCCCGCAGGCUUGGCAAAGAGGUAGCAGAGUUUGCAGUAGACAGUCUGUGUCGGGGUGUGUUUGCUGGAGACUGCAGGAAGUUGAGCGUGCGCUCCUGUUUUCCUGCCCUCUACAACGCUGAGCAGCACAGAGGUUCCCUCACACUCGGCAUGCUGCUGGGAUCAGGGACGUCCAAGGUGGUCCCUCCUGGUUCUCUUAGCUGGAGGUCAGUGAAGGAGUCCUGGGCUCAGUGGUCUCUCAGACGGGGUCUGGAGUCGCUGCCAGAGUCCAUAGGGGACUUCCUGCAGCACAGCAGGAGGGUGGUGGUGCACCGGGACUCACCUGUCACACACCUCAGUCCUGCAGCCACCGGCUGGACGAUCCACAUGGAGGAUGGGAAGAUAUCAGCUGAUCAUAUCGUAUCUGCUCUGCCUGCUAAAGUGCUGUCGGCCAUGCUGCCCUCCUCCUGCCUGCCUCUCAUCCAGCAGCUGCAGGACAUCUCCAGUGUGACUGUGGCUGUGGUCAACCUCCAGUAUGAAGGCUGUGUCCUUCCUGUUAGGGGAUUUGGACACCUGCUUCCAUCAUCAGAGGAUAAAGGAGUCCUGGGUGUGGUUUAUGAUUCUGUACCUUUCCCACAACACGAUAGACCUGAUGGACCAACAACCAGACUGACGGUGAUGAUGGGCGGAGCUUGGUUCCAGGAAGUGUUUGGGCCAGUAGCAUCAGUACGUGAGGAAGACCUUCUACUGCGAGCCACUCAAGCUGUGACUGCUCACCUGGGCGUCACCUCACCUCCCACCUGGACUCACCUGGCUCUGCACCAGGAGUGUAUACCACAGUAUCAUGAGGGACAUCAUAGCAGAGUUGAAUUCAUGCGACAGUUCAUCAAAAAGAAGAAGCUUCCGCUUUCUCUGAUUGGCUCGUCGUACGAGGGCGUGUCCGUCAACGAUGUCAUCUUCAAUGCAAGGUUGGCUGCAGAAGAGCUGCUGGGAACUCCACUUUAAUUAUUCAUAAAUGUUUUAUCAAUAUUUCAUUUGUCAUCAUUCAGCAAUAUUAUAUUAUUUACUUAUUUCAACCACUUGUUAGUUCAUCCACUUGUUAAUUAACGACGCAUCAAUGAUGUCUUAUUAAUGCUGUAUUACAUACUUGCCAACCCUCCCGGAUUUUCCCGGAGACUCCCGAAAUUCAGCGCCUCUCCCGAAAACCUCCCGGGACAAAUUUUCUCCCGAAUAUCUCCCGAAAUUCAGGCGUAGCUGGAGGCCACGCCCCCUCCAGCUUCAUGUGGACCUGAGUGACAUCUCGACAGCCUGUUUUCACAUCCGCUUUCCCACAGUAUAAAGAGCGUGUCUGCCCAAUGACGUUAUAACUGUAGAAUGAUUGAGGGCGAGUUCUUGGUUUCUUAUGUGGGUUUAUUGUUAGGCAGUUUCAUUAACGUCCUCCCAGCGCGGUAACGACACACAACAACAGCAGUCACGUUUUCGUCUACCGUAAAGCAGUUCGUCUGCCGUAAACAGCAAUGUUGUGACACUCUUAAACAGGACAAUACGGCCAUCUACUGUACGUUUUGGGCCAUGCUAGGGAGAGAUGGAAGAUUCCAGACUCCAGUGCGUUUGAUGAAAGCUCUUUUGUGCGUGCCACACAGCAAUGCAUCCUCAGAAAGGGUGUUCAGCGUGGUUACAAAAAUAGUGACAGAGAAUAGAACAAGGAUGGACAAUUCAACCCUUAAAUCAACAAUGAGUAAAUGACUGUUAUGUGUGUAUAUGUAUAAAUAAAUGAACCCUGAUAUUCAA